UAUUCUGAGGGUUUGUCGCAAAAAUCGUAAAACCACAACACAUGCUUUGAUAUUAAAGUAAAAUUGUGAAGAAGAUAAAUAUCUAUAAAAUAUAAGUGUAUAGGGUAGAGAAUGAAUGUUAUAUGUGUCAUCAUUAAUAUAUCACUAAGUGUACAUAUAAUUUGAAUAUGGAUGUUUAAAACAUUGUAAUGGAGUCAGCAGAAUUAUCAGAAGAGGUCCCUCUACGCGGGCAGUAUACAGUAGAUGAUUUAGAAAUUGAGAUACUACCACUUAUAUACGAAAUAAUUCGUAGCGUCGAGAAAGAUCCACAUGAUACUACACAAAAAGCCAAAGAAUCCCAAGAUACAAGUCAUAAAAUAUUAGAGCUUCAAAAAAAAUUAGAUUCUGCAAGGGCACAGAUUAAAAGGCUACCAGGAAUAGAAUACAGUAAAGAGGAACAAUUACAAAAAUUAGAAACACUUCGCAAACAGCUUCGGCUUAAACGAGAACUUUUAUUGAAAUAUCGUAAUAUGUGCACAUUUGAAGUUCCAAAAGUGUAAACAUAAAUUUAAUUACAGGUAGAAAAAAAACCAUA